GUGGCAUUGUAGCUAGGCAUUACUUCCAGACGGUGCAAAGAUAUCGCAGCCGAUCCAUCCACCAGGUCUCCUCCCUUUUCUCUCUCGGAAGGAGGUGGGGAAACUGAGGCACGGAGAGGGACGACGUAACUUGCCCAAGAUCACCCAGCAGCACAGGCUUGAGUUCACUGCACUUAAUCCCUAACACAAGCCCCGCCAACGUCUCUCCUAGCUUGCCUUUCUACUCUGCGACGCUCCUUCAGUUUCCUUGGCCAGCGACGUUGCCUGUGGAGAAAACACGAUGACCAUCUUGCGCCCGGUGGGGUUCUGUGGCAUGACCCCCAAGGCCGGGGCCACUGUAGCUGCUGUCUACAUGAUCCUAGUGACCAACAUCUACCUGAUCUUUGAGGUUGGCCACUUGGAACGAGCAAUGACUGACAUGGCACAAAUCAAGCCCUUCAACUUAACUGAAGUGGGGAAGAUGCUACCGUAUUGCUACUAUACAGCCAUCACGCUGGCUGUCAUGACCUACCUGGUGUGUGUCUUCCUCAUCUACUCAGUCCAGAAGCGGCUCUACAUGGGCAUGUUCGCCUAUGUUGCAUGGAUCAUCUUCUAUGACCUGGCUAACAGCCUCAUCGUGGCCCUGGCUUACCUGGUCUCCAAAGAAGCCUGGUUUUCCCUCAGCCCCCUGGAGUGGUUUGGGCUGGCCAUCAGGAUCCCCAUGGAUUGUUUCUGGCUCUUCUUCAUUGUCAAAUAUGCCCUGAUCAUUAUUGAAAGCAAAGGGCAAGAAGGGCUGAACGUGUCAGAACUGCCCAGGUUUAGGUUGGGCUCCACUGCUAGGAAAGGCGUGUGAGGGGAGGUAUUGGAGCAGU